GUCGACGACCGUGCCUCUGGGCUUUGAGCAGCCCUCUCCUUGACUCCUCUCCCUUCCUCCAGCCUGACGCACCUGCCAUACCCUCUGAGUGCAUGGCGAUGCUUGCCCCAGCGAGCGCUUGAUCCCCCUCCCCUCUCUUCGCCCCUUUCCCUUUGUUCUUGACAGGGAAGCCUCCCCCCUCCCCCUCUCCUACCUCUUUCCUCUUCCCUCUCUCCCUUCCUCCCACCCACCCUUUGGCAUUAUGUCUGCCUCCGGCGGGUCUGGGUCUGGACCGCAGGGUGGCGGACCCGGUGGCGGCGGCCCGCCUGCUCCGCCUCCUCUCGGACAGCAACGCCGCGCAUGGGACAAAAACACCCGCUCAGAUCGGUCCGGUCGACCGGAAUACCGUCGCUUUGAGCGCCACGACCGGCAACCUUCAUUUGAUCCGCUUCGUGACCGGUCUCCCCGUCUAGAUUCCCCACCUGUCCAAUCGCGCUGGAGUGGCCCCCCCGGGCGCUCGCCUGAUCACACUUGGUCUGGCGGCAGCGGCAACACCCACACCGCUGGCAGUGGCGGCGGCGGCGGUGGCGGCAACAGCAGCAGCAGCAGCAGCAGCACUGGCAACCACCUGCCUUAUCGAUCAACGCCAAGCAGCGAGGGCCUUUCGGCAAACCCCUCGCCCGGCAGUGACGCCUGCCUGACCACAGCAGAUCCGCUUGCCUCGCGGCCGCUGCCAUAUGUUCCCCCGCCGCUGGACUCGCUGCGUCUGCCGGUCCCGUCCCCCUCCUUCCAGUCCCUGGCUGGGGCAUCUGAAAGUGUGUCAGCCCGGCUGAAUGCUCGCCUGCUGGAUGCCCUCGGAGGCCCCAUUCCCUCAUUCUUGCCAUCGACUCUGGACUCCUCCCUUUCUCGAACGGGCUUCGAUUUCAUGACCCUCUCCAGCCCCCCGGGUCUGCGGUCUCCGAGUACGAUGACCCCGCCGCCGCCGCCGCCGCCGCCGCCCGGCUCCACGGUACAGUCCUCCUCGCGGUCAUCCCCCUCACAGCCAGCCGACCUGGGACCUGCAUCGGCACCGGCUCUCCCGACUGAUGGCCCAUCCGCGACCUCGUCGCUUGCCAAUAUGGUCCGGCGUCCGCUUCACCGGGCGGACUCCGUGCCAUUGGCCUCGCCCUCAUCACCCAUGGUGUCUCCAUCGCACUCGCACCCCCAGUCGGACCCUCCGCCCGUGCUGGUCUCCUCGCCUGUGCCCAUGCUUUCGGGCUUGAACUCCCGGCAAUCCCCUUCCUCGGCUACCCCCUCGAUGGAGCAGCUCCCUCAAGAGCCCCGACAAGCCUCGGCCACCCCCCCGGCUUUGGAGCCCGUCUCAUCACCUCCCUCAUUCCCGCCUCCGCGGGCCUCCCUGGCGCUAUCCUCCCCGCCCUCGGCCCAGCAUGAUCCCCUCUCGGCGUCGAGAGAGCCUGUGUCGGCUGAAAACCACAGUCCUACACACCUGGAGGCCGUUCAAGCCACGCUGGAGGUCGAGCUUGUAUCCGAGCAUGAGCCCGAGCCCGAGCCCGAGCCCGAGGCGGGUCCCAGCCUCCGGUCGGAGUCUGAUUCCGAAGCCAUGCCUCCCAAAGGGGACCUUCCUGACAGUGAAGUCCCCGGACUGGAUGUCCUGGCCUCGCGGGAAGAGGUUCCUCCUCCGGCAGAACCUCCGGCUCCUGUGCGGAAGGAACCCCAUUUUCAGCCGUUCGGCCACUUUGAGAUCGAUGUCAACAAUCUCCCCACUUCCGACGAGGUGGCCCUCGGCAUCAAUAUUCUCGACAACCAGCUUGCCUCACUGGAAAGUCGCCUCCAAUUGCUUCGAUCCAUGGACGAGACUCUCUCUCAGCUCCAGGAUCGACGGUUUGCCGAGCCCCAGCCCCAGAACCCCGUCCCGGGGCCACCGGCCGGGGUGGAUGUCUAUUCCACGCAGAUCCUGCUCCGCUACCAGAAACCGGUGCAUCCGCUGGACCCGUUGUAUGCCUUCGAUUUGGCCCGGUCUCCGGCCCCCGGGCAAUUGGCACUCGAUAUUGCGGCCGGCAACCAGCAGGGCACCGGCCCGGCGGCUCGUCUCCUUGCUCAGUCGGAGACAGUGCUGCGUGGCUUUGAUCCGGGAUUCCUGCCAGCCGGUGACCUGAAGCCCCUUCGGGAGACAAGCCUCGCGACCCAAGCCGAAGCCGAGGACUCUGCCACCACUGGGGUCUCCUCGCCGGAGGCCAUGACCUCCGAUGCCGGCACCGACAGCAGCGGAGAUGACCAGUCCGACGAGGAGAGCUCCGAUUGGAUUGGCUCGUCGAGUGCCACCGAGCUGGACCCGGGUUCGAGCUCGGCUAGCCAGCCCUGGCCCGAGGGGUCCUUCCGGCCGAUGUGGCCCGAGCCCGCGGCCGGCUUCUCGGCGGUCCAUGCGGCGGUAAUGCGCCGCGUUCGGCUCAAUCGCACGGCCCUCUAUGCCAAGGCAAGUGAGCUGCAUGCCGAGCGCUCGCGUCUCGAUGACCUCUGGCGCCAGGAUCAGACUUCGCGCGACUCCUCGGUCGGGCCGGCGGACCUGCUGCCUGACGCGCCGGGGAUUGGAGGUCCCGGUGGGCUCGGUGCCGCGGCUUUGCAGCCGGCAGCCGGUGGCUCAAAUGCCUCCGGCGGCCCGGGUGGCGUCAACGGGCCUGGCGGCCUGGCCGGUGCCUCCUCCGAGGCCACACUCUUUGGCAUGGAGCUGAGUCCGAUGCUGGGGUCUACGCGGCUUGGAUCGCGCCGACGUGCGACGCUGUCCUCCUCGGCGGACCCCUUCGCCGGUGACACGGUCCGCACGGAGGCCGAACUGGAGGAAAUCCUGGAAACCCUGCGGGCCAGCUCGGAGCGCGAGGCGGCUUUGCGUGCGCGUGUGGCCACUCAGCUCCCUGAGCAGGCUCUGCAAUUGCCAGCUCGGUGGGCCGAAUUGCCGGAGCUGGUGUCAGCAUCGCCGAGGGGCAGUGUCGCUGCUUCGCCGCGAUCGCCGACCCCCGGCGGCCGGUCCGGUGUGCCGAUGGUUCCCCUUCGCCCGCUGCCGGUCUUCCAUGAUGUGGCCACCUCUCGGCGGGUGGCUCGCAUGCCGGACUUGCUGGCGGCCGAGCGGCUGAACUACCGGCCAUGGACCGGCCGUGAGCGGGCUGUCUUCACGGCGGCCUUUGUCCGGUGGCCGAAGGAUUUCACCAAGGUCUCACAGGCACUCGGUGGCCGGGGGAUCAGUGGCGGACCGCGCGCCGGCCGAGAGCCCGGCAUCGGCGCCGACGCCCUGAUCGACAUUCAUCAACGUGAGUCGCAAGCCCGGGCAGCUGGUGGCUCAUCGGCCACCUCGGUUCCCUCUGACACCGGGGCUUUGCUUCUGCGCCAGGUGGAGCCCGGCUGGCUCGGGGGCCGCACUGUGGACGAGUGUGUUCUUUACUAUUAUCAAAACAAGAAAUCCUUGAAGCUCAAGCGUCUGGUUAAGCAGUCUCAGCAGCGGCGUCGGCGGUACACCCAGCGUCAGCAGCAAUUGGCCCAGCAAUAUCGCGACGAGGAGCGUGCCGCGGCGGCCUUUGAGCGUGUGCGUGAGAAGCGCGAAAAGCGUGAGCGCCGCCGCCGGGAGGACCGCCUGGCGCAAGAGCGCGAGCGUCAAUUCUCGGCGCACAAUUUGGACUUGCCACGCGAGGACCCGGAUGAGGAGGACCUCGAUGAGGAUGAUCUCCUCGGGGAGGACGUGCGCGCUCGGCGCCAACAGGGCAUCCUUCCCGUGGAGGAGAGCCAAUCGGCCGAUGAGCGUUCGGUCCCCCUGACGGAUGAUGAGAUUGCCAUUGUGGAUUCGGUGCCGGCAAGGCCCCUCUCCCGGACCAUUACCCAUACAUUUGCUUCGCCCCCGGGUCCGGCCUCGCAGGUGCACAUUAAGGCGGAAGACCCGCCGGGGCCCCUGGCCACCGAAGCCGCCGCGUCGGAUCUGCUUUUGCUGGCCUCGGUCGCCGGGCCGGUAACACCAGCCAAACCCACCAAGCCAAAGAGUGCCACGAAGACCGCCCGCGCUGGAAAGGCCACCGCGACGCCCGGUCGCUCGGUGUCACCGACAGCCACGCCAGCGGCGGGUAAAACCAAGGCGGCGAAAUCGUCCACCGCCAGCGCGGCUCGGGGUGCUCGACGUGCUUCGCCCGCCGCGGCACCGGGCGAUGGCUCACCCGCGCCAUCUCCCUCAAAGGAGGCCGAGCCGACAUCCACGACCAAGGAGAAGGCCGCUCGCGGACAGGGCCGUGCAUCCACACCGCAGGCCGGAUCCCGGGCCGCCAAAAAGCCCGCCGCUUCGGGCAGCCCUACACCGAGUGCCGGCACGACGGCUGCCAAGACGAAGGCCGCCCAAAAGUCGACCACCGCUGCGGCAGCAUCCAGCAACAAACCCUCUGCGGCCCAGCGCAAGGGAGCCAAAUCUCAAGAUGCCUCGGUGUCCGGGGAGUCGGGGGCGAUUGACACGCCGAAGAAGUCCCGUGCGCCAGCCCGAUCUCAGUCGCAACCACCGGCCGCGGAGGGCUCCGUGCCAGCCAGCGGCCGUCGGCGGCCAUCGCAGAGUGCGACUGCCUCAGCGGCUGCCGCUGCCGCCGCCGCUGCCGCUGCCACCGCUGCUGCCGCUGCCACUGCUGCUGUCGCGCAAGACCAGGCCACAAAUGCCUCGCUGCCUGCGGACCCCUCCCUGGCUGCCCUGCUAGAUACGAAGUUGCCUCUAGAUGCUCUGCUAAACCUGGCCUCGCUGUCGGCGAGUGCCGCUCCAGUGACCGGUGCCGGUGCCGGUGCCGGUGCCGGUAUCAUGGCACCUGCUCCCAUCAACACCCCUCUCAAUCAGGACCAGCCUCCGAUGACUCCGGCCAAGCCGACCCUGGUGGACGGCACGGCGGCCCUGCUGCAGCUCCAGCAGUUCCAGCAGCUUCAACAGCUCCAGCAACAGCUCCAGGGCUCGGGGACUUCGCCUUCGGCCGCGGCGGCCGCGGCCGCAGCCAUGGGUCUUGGGACCCCCGCUGGGGCCUGGCUCGAUCCCGGGCUGACCGCCUCGGCGCUUGGCUCGCUGGCCCUGCCAUCGAUGAUGGUUGGAGCACCGGGCUCGGUGGCUGCCGGUGGGUCGGGGCUGAAUCUGGUUGGCGCCGACGCCAGCCAACUGUCGGCGCUGGCGUCGCUGUAUCAAUUUGCCCCCGGGCCGUCGUCGACGGUCGGGACCGGCGGAUCGCCCCUUGGCCAUCCUUCGGCCCCGGGGAGUGGUCUUUUGGCAGGUGUGGGCAGUGCGCCUGGCCAUGGUGGCUCCCCGGCCCAGGCCGCCUCUGGGGGUGCCAAUUUGUCGCCCUUCCAGGUGGCUGGCAGUGCCGCUGGCCUUGGCAUGCUUGGCACCCUGCCGACGGGGGCGUCUCCCUCAUCCGGCGCCGUCGGCAUGACGGCCCUUUACUCGGGUUCGCCGGCGUCGGGCUCGCUUGGGGCCUCGGGCCCCGGUCCGAGCACGGCCUUCUUGACCCCGACACUGCCAUCAUCCGGGUCGCCGGCUUCCAGCACGGGGGGGACUCCUGGCGCAUCCUCCACUUACCUUCCGACAGGUGGUCUGUCGCCGAUGCACAUGGGUAGCACCACCGGCAUGCUUGGUCCACUGGCCCAACUGGCAAAUCCCUCGCUUAUGGCGGCUUUGGGCUUCCCGACCGUUGGUGCCCCAGGCCACGGGCAACUGGGCCACGGCCUCUCGCCCCAACAGGCCCAACAGCAGCUGCAUCUCCAGCAGCAACAGCAGUUGCAGCUGCAGCAGCAACAGCAGCUGCAGCAGCAACAGCAGCAGCAGCAGCAGCAGCAACAGCAACACUAUCAACAGCAGGCAACCGGUCACACGCUGCUCCCGGGGCUCGGGACCUCUCCGGUUCCGGCCGACCAGCCGCUCACCGGAGGUGGUGCCUCGCCGCUGAAUGCCUCGGCUGCCAAUGCGCAGUUGACUCUCAGCUCGCUUGCAAGCAUUUUGUCGUCACACCCGCAGCUGGCCUCGGCGGCAGCCUCCAUCCCGGGCUUUUCCAGCCUGUUGGCCGGUGCAGUGGCGAGUGCGCCGACACAGGGCACCGGCACAGGCGGCAGCUCGGGCCCGCCGGCCGGCCUGCUGUCUCAGAACACGGUGCCGCCCGGUGGGACGGUCAACAGCACUUCGGGACCGGCUUUGCCCUUCCCGAAUUUCCACCCGGGGCUUCUGCCCAACCAGCAGAUGGCCACCUCGAUGCCGCACUUCCUCUUCGGGCCACUGGCAACCAUCGGCGGGGCCGGGGUGGUUGCAGGAGCAAAUCCCGCCGCCGCGCCAUUCACCGCGCUCCAUCAGCAAGCGCUGGCCGCCUCGCAGGACCCCAACACCCCCCUGGCCACUGGCCAGCCAUCUUUGCAUGCCGGGGCGAUGGCCGCCGCUGCCGCCGCAGCCUCCGCCGGCCGGCAUCACUUCCCGCUGGGCACCCCGCCCAACGCAAGCACCUCCAGCACGGGGAGCCAUCAUGUCGGGCUUGUGCCGAACAGCUUCCGCCAGCCCUCGCCAGCUGGUGGGGCCCCGACGGACCCGAGCCUGCUGUCUCUGGCUGGCGGUGCACACCACAACCUCGCUCCGUUACUGGGCAAAUCCUUCCACCAGCCACUGCAUCCCGGCCCGGGGAUGGACCUUUCCCAGCAGCAGCAGCAGCAGCAGCAGCAGCAGCAGCAGCUACCGCCGCGGCAGCCCACGCCUGCCGCGGUGCUUCAGCAGCCGCAAACACAAAUGCCGCCCCAGGCACAAGUGCAGCAGUCUCUCCCACGGCCAGCUCCUCGGUCGGAGACUGAUCUGGAUAUUGAUGCCAUCAGCAACAGUCUCCUGGAGCUGGCCAAUGUUUCGGCAGUCGCGGCCGCGGCGGCCGGCCCCCUGGCCGCUCCGGGCUCGGGGUCCACCCUGCCUCCGACGGAUGCCGACCUUCUUGCCCUUGUAUCGCAAGGUUCGUUCGCCCUUCUGUGA